AUGCCGCUCUUUGCUCGGUCUUCCUGGCGCGAGUCCACCAAGUUCAAGUCGCACCGCUUCUCGCUGCGCAAGCACCACCCGCAGCACGCGGACGCCCACGUUGACGCCGCCUCGGCACUCAGCAGCAGCAGCCACAGCGCUCACUCGGAGAGCCAAAAGACGCGCCGACCGACGCCGCUCAAUCGCACGGCCGAGCAGACGAUCGUCGCGUCGUCGCAGCUGCAGGCCCCGCCGCCGUCCAAGUUGUCGUCGCCCACGCGGUCGUCGGCCUCGACGCGCCGUAGUACGGGUCCGACGCUCCACGACAAUCUGAUGGGUGGAGAGAACGACACGGAGAUUCUGGACGAGUCGGACCCGCGGGACUCUGUCGUUACGCCGCAGCGCAGCCGUAAACUGAGCAUGCGCGACAGUCGCCACAGUGCGAGCACGGGACCGUCGUCGUCUCGUGGCAGCCGCAAGAGUUUGGCCGAGUACCGUCAGUUGCAGUGCUCCAUGUCGUACAAGAACCGCGUCAACAGCGACGCGUUUCGGGGCACUUGUACAACGGUUUCCAGCUCGAGCGAGUCGACGUCGAGCGAGCGGUCGAGCAGCUUGCAGAUUUCCCUUGUCGACUCGUUUCGCGGCACCGACACGUCCGUGCUGUCGUCGUCUGGUGGACACAGUUUGCUCAGUGCAAGGAUCUCCGAGUCGUCGACAGCAAUCACAUUGGCUGAUUCGCUUCCGCCCGUUCCUGCAGCUGCGUCGGUCUCUUCGCCAACGGAUCGGUGCACGGAGGUCUUGAAUUUAUCUGCUACCAGUCGAAUGACCGAGACCGGUGUCGCUGCGAUGCAGACCCGUCGUGCAUUUCAACAGAUGGUUCUGGCGAUGGAAGAUGAGGAUUCAGGUGACGACGAGGACGAGGACGAGUCCGAUGCGUGGCAGGUGAGCAAUACCGAGAGCGCUCGUGGGGUGGUCUCUGGCGUGGUGCGCCUGGGUGCAGACGAGUACCGGCGAUUCCAGUCGCGCCUUCGCCAGCUUGAGGACCUCGCAGCAGACCAGUCUCGGAAACAGGCCGACAUGGAGCGCACGAUUGAACAGGAGGUUCAGACGAGGACUCGUAAGGCCGUCGAGGCGAUGGAGCAGCGGAUCAGCAUGUACAAACAGGUGAAGGAGCUCGAGUGCGAGCGAGAAGUGCAGCGACGAGUGUCCGAGCACGCGGAAAAUCCGCGGUGGAGUCACAGUAUGAGCCGAACCAGCGCCGGGGGCAGAUCGUCGGCCCGUGGUGUGCAGGCGGGCGGCAGCGUUGGCAGCUACCGCGAAAGCUACAAAUCAGCGAGUAGUAUCAAGGAAGAGGGCAAUCCGCUGGAAAAGCUGCUGCAUCCCCGACGGUCGCGAAAGCGGAUGGAACAAAUGAGAGAGCGCGAGGAAGCUCAGAAGCGCGAGAUGGAGCAGUUUCGCGAGUUUAUCCGCGUCACGGAGAUGAGCAUAACGCCGGUGCUCGGCAUGGAACACGCCAUGUCAGCGACGCAGCUGGAGACGGCCAGGAGCAAGUUGGACGAGCUGGCGGACCCGUUGCUGCCGGACUCGCUGGUGCAGUCGUCACCGCUAGAGCUCAUUGAGCUCAUUUGCGUAUUGCACAAGAACGGACGCGAACAGGACAAGCACUUGGAACAAGCCAAGCGUCUUGUUACCGCCGCGAUCGAAGCGCGCGAAGAGGCGGAGACGAUGGCCCGGGAAGCUCUGGAGCUCGCACUUUUGCUGGACGCAAGAUUAGAUCGUGCCGGGCGUGGGGAGCAGAAGCCGUUGGUGUGCCGCCCGACGGACACGACUUUGGCGGCCGCUGACAAGUGUCGACAUGUGGGAGCAGAUGGAAGUGCAAGUGCAGACUCUUUGACCUGGCAAUCAGGUACACCGGCAACGUCGUCGUUGCUCGAUUAG